AUCCUUCUAUCCUAAGGGGAUCUAGGGCCCUGCUAGCCUUGGGCUGGUCAGUCUAAAGGUGCCCAGGUAUAAAACAACCUCUUCCAGAAAAGAAUUGUGAGAAUGCCCUUUAAAGCAGCUGAUGUGGCGAAGUGCCCUAAAUGUGACAAGGCUGUGUAUGCUGCAGAGGAGAAGAUUGCUGGCGGUCAUAAGUGGCAUAAAGGAUGCUUCAAGUGCUCCAUGUGUAACAAGCACCUGGACAGUACCUCCUGUACGGAGCAUGAUGGAAGUUUAUUCUGCAAAACUUGUCAUGGUCGUAGGUUUGGUCCUAAGGGCUAUGGAUUCGGAGGAGGUGCUGCAGGGCUGACAAUGGACAACGGAGAACAAUUCGGAAACACUGAGUUUGUUUCGAACGGUCACCCUAGGUCGGCAAAGAAUGGACAAGAAGCUCCUGAGGGCCAGGGGUGUCCAAGAUGCCAAUGCUUGGUGUAUCACGCAGAUCAGAUAUUCUCUAAGGAUCAAGUGUGGCAUAAACAGUGCUUCAAGUGCAGGACUUGUCACAGGUCCCUGGACUCUAGAACUGCUUGCGAUGGACCUGAUAAGGAAAUCUAUUGUAAUGUAUGCUACAGAAAAGGAUUUGGGUUGAAAGGAUACGGGUUUGGACAGGGGGGACCCGCUCUUCUCUCUGGUGAUGCUGCAGAUGGUGGAGAGCAGAUGUCAACCUCUCUGAGGUUUAUUGAUACUUCUCUAAUCCCAGCUGAAGGGGGACCUGGCUGUCCUAGAUGCGGGGGGAAGGUUUUCCAUGCUGAACAGAUGUUUAGCAAGAACAAAACUUAUCAUAAAAGAUGUUUCUCUUGCAAAUCCUGUAAACGUCCAUUAGACAGUGUGUUGGCCUGUGAUGCCCCUAAUAAUGAUAUUUAUUGCCGUGGUUGCUACGGCAAAAAAUUUGGCGCCAAGGGUUACGGGUUUGCCGGAGGGUCAGGAUUUCUUCAAACCGGAGAUUUGGAGGACGGAACUAAUGAUCGACCUCAGACGACCUCGAAUACUGCAACUAUACAGGGAGGGGUAAACGACAAGGAGAGCUGUCCUAGGUGUAAUGGUAAAGUGUUUCAUGCAGAGAAGAUGUUAUCUAAGAACCAUGUAUUCCAUAAGUCCUGCUUUAUGUGCCUAGAGUGUAAACGACCCCUGGACAGCAUGACUUGUUGUGAUUCUCAGGAUGGAGAAAUAUUCUGUAAAUCCUGCUACGGGAAGAACUAUGGACCUCAUGGAUAUGGAUAUGGAGGUGCAGGUACAGUUCCAGCAUUGAUGGCUGCUGGACCAGGACAAUUCGAGGAAACUAGACCAUUGAUUGAUUUCCACCCUGUGACUGGUGAAAAUGAGGAUAAGGUUAGAGGAGAUCAUGGUUGUAAAAGAUGUGGAUAUAGAGUUUACGAGGCAGAGAAACUGAUGGCUGCCGGAAGGGAUGGACAUGGAUCUCAGAAGACUGUGAUGAGCCAAGAAUUUGCUUUUAUUCUACCAUAAUCUAAGAAUUAAUCCAUGCUAACCAAAUAUCUAAUUGUUGAAUUUAACAGUUAAACAAAAAAUAUAUUUCCUAAAUAGCUCAUUCAAAAAGCAUAAAAGUAUCUUAUUUCAUAAUCAACAUGAUGACCUGAAUAAGUACAUUAAUAUAUCCUAAUUUACAUUUACUAAUUCAAAACUAAAUAUUGCUGUUACUGUUUAAGGAAGUUUUCAGUAGGGUUUCCAGCGAACGAAUACUUACGCGAAAUUGCGCAACGUAUUUUUUCGCAAAUUUUAGCAUUUUUCUCGAGCGUCGAAGAGCGAAAAAUUGGAAAUGUUCGACGAAAUUUUUUUUUUCUCACGAUUUACCCUUUUCGCUGGAAACCCUAGUUUUCAUCUAUAACAUAUAAACCGUUUUCUUUAAUGGAUUUCUCUGAAAUUUAAAAUAUCAGAAUUAUACGAAGAGGCUUGAUCUUUAAUUAAGUUUUGUCCAGAUUCCUCUUAAAAUUUGAUGAAUACUUCCUUAAUUUAAUAAUGUUAACUGUACUGUUUAGUAAAAUCCAGUGUUUUAAUAUUAGUAUUGCGUAAUUUUAUAUUUGCAAGCACUCAUACAAUAAAGUUUAAAAAGUAA